AUGAUAGUCCAUCACCCUCACCGCCUUCCUGGUCUCUCACUUUCGAAUGCUUCAUCCCUCCGCCUAAUUCAAAACACAUCUCAACCAGACCACAACACCAAUAUGGAGAACGCCCCAACCUCCGAAGGGAAAGACCCCUCUGUCUUCUUGAGUGAGAUCAUCGGUGCGCCUGUGAUCGUGAAGCUGAAUUCCGGAGUCGUAUACAAGGGCGAAUUACAAUCAGUCGAUGGAUACAUGAACAUUGCCCUCGAAAAGACGGAGGAAUAUGUGAACGGAAAACUACGACGAAACUACGGCGAUGCUUUCGUGCGUGGAAAUAAUGUACUCUACAUCUCCAGUUAA